AUGAAAUGGUGUAUAAUCCUCGUCCUGCUGGACGAAUUGCGUUUUAUUGCAUCUCAGACGCAGAGAAAGGAGGAGAGACACUGCGGAGGAGAGACACUGCUGGCCUACAAUCGCGAUCACAGCAAGAAUAUAUCUCCCAAAUUACAGCAAUUCGUCAAGGACCACGGUGGCAUACUACAUCGCCGCGAAUAUCGUUCAAAACAUACUAUUAUCGAGAGAGGCAACAACCAAGAAGGAUCGUCUUCUCAGUUUGAUCCCAUGACUUGGCAAGACAAAACCAAAGCCACCACUCGUGAAGAAGCCAUUCAAUACUUUAAACGUUUGGGGUGCGAUCCGGUGUAUUUUGAUCCGAAUGACACGCUGAUUGCUGAAAACAUGCAAAGUGGCUUUAACGAACAAGGGGAUUGGUUCAAUAACUUGUAUCCCAUUGUCGAUUCAUUGCCGGGCAAGUGGCCUUUGGGCGGUCUGGCGGAUGGUGCCUACAUACCACGGGAAAUGAUUGAACGCUUGCAGAUCGAUGUUUGGAAAGCAGUAAAAGUAUUGAGACUUCGACCAGGUGAUUGGCUAGUUUUGAACAACCGCUCGGUGCAGCACGGUCGAUUGCCCUUUGAAGAAUCAGCGCACCAAAAGAGACUCAUAUUGACCGUGUACACGGAGUAG